GACGAAUUUAGUAGCGCGCGGUACUCGCGUGUGGACGUUAAAAAGUUUGUAGUGUAGUGCUGCAAUUCCCCAUUAGGGGAAUAAACGGUCGAUAUGACCGACCAUGGACUGCGGUUCGUGGUGCUAUUAUUAAUAGGACUGUGGGCAAAUUCGAGCGGGCAAUAUUUAAGUAGUAUUAGGUCAGUAAAUAGAACAGGAUUUGAUAGAAGACAACAGCAAAGAUUCCCAAAUUCAUACUACAGAAGUAGCGAAACGGGACAGGAAAGGAAAUACGAUUCACGGGAAAAUAUAGAUCAGUCACAACCUAAUCGCGGGGAUGUCCCUCAAUCAUCACACGAAACCACAUACUACAGUGGUGAAGCUAGAACCAGACUGCCUGGUCGUGUUCCUCAAGGAUCAUCCGAAUCCGUAUACUACGAAAGUGGUGGAGCUAGAACUAGCGGGGGUUACGGAAGUGGUGGAAAUUAUCCUGGAUCUGAAACAGUUGCUCCUGGAGCCCAGAGUGGAGGAUACUACAGUGGCGGAUCAUCAAGUAGAGGCUAUUCCGGUGGCGGAUCAUCAAGUGGAGGCUAUUCCGGUGGCGGAUCAUCAAGUGGAGGCUAUUCCGGUGGCGCAUCAUCAGGUGGAGGAUACUCCAGUGGCGGAUCGUCAGGUGGAGGAUACUCCAGUAGUGGAUCUGCAAGUGGGGGAUAUUCCAGUGGCGGAUCAGCAAGUGAAGGAUAUUCCAGUGGGGGAUCUGCAGGAAGUGAAGCAGGAUCUCAAAGUGGAGGACGCGUUUAUUAUCAAAGUGGUGGAAGAUCUGGUAGCUCUUAUGGCUAUGGAAGAGGUGAUGAUUACGAUGCAGCAAAUCAGCGACGAGUUUCCAACUCAAGAAAUCCCAGUUACGACAUUUUAGAUGCCCCUGGUAGCGCAAUAGGUCCAGGAAACAAAACUGACAAAUGCAUACCAAAAUGUUUUGCCCAAAAGGGAGACCGUGGUUUUCCGGGAUUGCAAGGAUUGGCUGGCGAGAAAGGACAAAGAGGUUACCCUGGAGAAGAAGGCCUUGUUGGCGCUAAGGGAGACAAAGGUGAAACCGGUUUGACUGGACCCAGAGGUCCCAAAGGUGAUAGAGGCAAAAUGGGUGUUCCUGGUUUUCCCGGUAUCCACGGUGUACCCGGCUUACAAGGUCCCACCGGUUCGGCUGGUAUUCCUGGUAUAGAUGGUUGCAAUGGAACAGAUGGUCAACCAGGAAAUGAGGGUCGCCCUGGAGAGCCAGGUCCUCGCGGUUAUCCCGGUCCAACGGGAAUCAAGGGAAACAAGGGAGAAGAUGCUCAUUGUGAAAUUACAUUAAAAGGCCAAAAGGGAGAGCCAGGUCGGGAUGGUGUCACAGGCCCAGCUGGAAACCCCGGUCCUAUAGGACCACAGGGAUAUACAGGUGAUAUGGGCCCCCCAGGAUUAACAGGUCCUCGUGGUCCACCCGGUCCAAAAGGACAAAAGGGAACAAUGGGUGUUGGAUUUUAUGGACCUAAGGGUGAUAAGGGUUUGCGCGGCCCACCAGGACUUCCUGGUGGUCCAGCUGAUCGAGAUGGAGGAUUGAAUUAUAAUGGAACGACUGUUAUUGGCCCAAAAGGUGAUACCGGUAUAAAGGGAGACAGAGGAGAUUAUGGACAUCCAGGCCAAAAGGGCGAGGCUGGUCCCGAAGGAGACUAUGGUAUACCUGGCAGCUCAGGAAUGAAAGGCGAAAAAGGGUUACCUGGUGGGCCAGGUAUUCGAGGACGAGAUGGAUUUGCUGGACCACCUGGUCCUCCUGGACAAAAAGGUGAUAGAGGCAUGGAAGGUUUAGCUGGCUUGUCGGGAAGGCCCGGAUUUAAAGGAGAACCAGGUAGAGAUGGUCAACCAGGUUCGCGAGGUUUAACGGGACCACCCGGUCCACCUGGAGGUGGUAAAGGUUUUCCAGGACUUCCAGGACCUCAAGGCCCAAGAGGUUAUCCCGGUCCCAGAGGACCAAAAGGUAUGGAUGGAUUUAACGGAGAUCAAGGAGCAACAGGACCCAUUGGUCCACCUGGUGGCCCAGGCCUACCGGGUAUACCAGGCCCUGAAGGAGCCCCUGGAGAAAAAGGACAAAAAGGUGAAGGUGGUAAACUGGGCUUGCCAGGAACAGAGGGUCCACGGGGUUUUCCGGGCCCAACAGGAAGCCAAGGCCCACGAGGAUUCCCCGGAGAUAAAGGAUUUUCUAUAGCAGGUCAAAAAGGUGAAGCUGGAGAGGCAGGACGAGAUGGUGCAAAAGGAGACAAAGGGGAAAAAGGUUACGUUGGAACAAGAGGUAUACCUGGAGAUUCACUCCACGGUAUUCCUGGUCAUAAUGGUCCUGUUGGACCUGCUGGUGAAAAAGGAAAUGCUGGAAGACCAGGUUAUCCUGGAACACCAGGAUCACCUGGACCAAAAGGUGAUAUUGGAGGAAGGUGCAUUGACUGUAGACCAGGUGAAAGAGGAGAAAAAGGUGACAGAGGGAUAGAUGGAAGAGAUGGCACACCUGGCCUAAGAGGACCAGCAGGACAACCCGGAUUUCCAGGUGCUCCUGGAAAUGAUGGAGUGCCUGGUAGAGAUGGACCCCCUGGUAAACCGGGAGAACCUGGAAGGGAAGGAUUACCUGGUCCACAGGGACCAGCAGGUCUAAAUGCAAUGGUACCAGAUAAUAUGGUAAAACCGGAAAAGGGUUCCAAGGGUAUGAGAGGUCCUGCAGGACCUGAAGGCCCUAAAGGUUUUACUGGUAGACCUGGUAGUCCAGGUGUUGCUGGUUUCAUGGGAGUACCAGGAGAAAAAGGCGACCAGGGUUUCUCCGGACAUCCAGGAUCUGAUGGAAGGCCUGGUCAACCAGGCAUACCUGGGGCUAAAGGUGAAAAAGGUGUAAGUCUAAAAGGUGAACAUGGAUAUCCAGGCUUAAAAGGCGAUAAAGGAAAUCGAGGACCUGACGGGUGGAUAGGCCCCAAGGGAGAACCAGGUCAAUGUCCACAAAAUAUAACAGCUCAGCUUAAAGGAGACAGAGGUCUAACGGGCCCACAAGGACCGGCUGGUAUACCUGGUUUCGAUGGAGAACGUGGUGAGAAGGGAGAUCAAGGUGGUAUAGGUUUUGCCGGACCACCGGGACAAGAUGGUCCUCCUGGUCCACCAGGAAGACGCGGUUUAGUUGGUAUAAGGGGAGAUAAAGGAGAAAGAGGACCUUUGGGUUUUAUUGGGGAGCCAGGUAGAGAUGGACCCAGUGGAAUGCCAGGAACUCCAGGAUAUAAAGGAGAUAAAGGAGAGGCUGGCAUACCUGCCGUUGGACCUCCAGGUCCCCAAGGUUAUCCAGGUAUUAAAGGUGAAAAGGGGUUACCUGGGUUUCCAGGUAAAACUGGACCUGCCGGAAAUGAUGGACUACCAGGACUUUUGGGUGAAAAGGGUGACAUGGGCCUUAUGGGCUUGACAGGAUUAUCUGGACCAACUGGACCUAAAGGAGAACCAGGUCCUUUAGGACCUCCUGGAUUGUCUGGCACACCUGGCCCUCAAGGAUAUCCAGGUGAGCCUGGUAUACCUGGAUUAAAAGGAGAGCAAGGUAACCUAGGACCUCUUGGAUUCCCUGGAAUGAAAGGUGAUUCUGGUUUUCCUGGAAUCCCUGGAGUUAAAGGUUUUAAAGGAUCAGCUGGACGACCUGGCCCUCCUGGUCAACCUGGAAUGGAUGGACUACCGGGUGCUUUGGGUGAAAAGGGUGAUAGAGGAUUUAACGGCCUACCAGGUCAGCCAGGACUAAUUGGUAUGCCAGGUGACAGAGGCUUUCCCGGUGAUAAAGGUGAAAUCGGUUACCCCGGCCCACCAGGACCUUAUGGACCUGCAGGUGUUCCAGGAUUAAAAGGUGAUAGUGGAUACCCAGGCUUGCCUGGUCUUAAAGGAGAACCUGGCUCUGCAUCCGAAAAAGGACAAAAGGGAGAACCAGGAAGUGCAGGAAUAAGAGGACCUGCAGGUGUAUCCGGAGCUCCAGGAUAUCCCGGUCAGAAGGGUAAUGCUGGAUUUCCAGGUAGAAGCAUUUCUGGGCCCCUUGGUGAAAAGGGAAAUAUUGGUCAACCUGGCGUAGAUGGAUUACCUGGUACGCCAGGUUUAAAGGGGGAUACUGGACCUGUUGGGUAUCCAGGACUUAAAGGAGAUAAAGGUUUUCCUGGCGUACCUGGGUCACCUGGUAUGGAUGGGCAUAAUGGAUUGCCUGGUCUGAAAGGUGACAUUGGAUUACCAGGAUUACCGGGAUAUACUGGGCUAAAAGGAGAUCAAGGUGUUUCUGGUUUAGAUGGCUAUCCUGGUCAAAAAGGUGAAAAAGGUCAGCCUGGUCCAUUUGGCAUAAUGGGAAAUCCUGGUAUGAAAGGAGAUUUUGGUGAACGCGGACCUCCGGGCCCAACUUUUGAAAUAAAAGGUGAAAAGGGAGAACUUGGCCUUUAUGGAGAGAUGGGCAGACAAGGUGAAAAGGGUGAUAUCGGUCUUGUAGGACUACCUGGUUUACCAGGACUUAAAGGAGAUAGAGGAAAUCCUGGUGAAAGAGGUGACGUUGGUCUCAACGGAUUACAGGGCGAAAAGGGUGACCAAGGCAUGCAGGGAUUCCCUGGCCAGACAGGAUUUACGGUAAAAGGAGAAAAGGGAUUACGAGGAUUAGAUGGAAAGCAUGGAAGAGAAGGUAUUCCAGGACAAAAGGGUGAAAAGGGAGAUUAUGGUCUUCCAGGAUUACCUGGUAAGAGUGGGGCACCUGGACAAAUGGGACCAGUAGGACUACAAGGUGAAAAGGGAGAUCGUGGAUUUGAAGGACAACCUGGACCUAUGGGACCCCCCGGUCCACAAGGAAGACCUGGGCAAAAUGGAAUUCCAGGAUUUGAGGGUCAAAAGGGUGAAAGCGGUCCCCCGGGUCUAAUGGGUGUUCCAGGAGAAAAGGGUGACAGGGGUAUGACAGGAUUACAAGGUUUACCUGGAUUGCCAGGCGAAAAAGGUGACCGAGGAUUUAAUGGAAGAGAAGGACUAGCGGGAACAAUUGGAUUAAUGGGUCAAAAAGGUGAACAAGGUUUAAUUGGUAUUGUUGGAGCACCCGGUCCAAUGGGUCUUAUGGGAGAAAAGGGAGAUCAAGGUAUGGCAGGUUUCCCUGGUCAAAACGGUCAAAAAGGGGAGCCAGGCCUACCUGGUAUGAAGGGAGAACAAGGAUUACAAGGUUUUAUAGGCCAAGCAGGUUUACAAGGUCGUGAAGGAGAAAAAGGAGAAAGAGGAUUUGCUGGCGCAGUUGGUUUGGUCGGAGCAAUAGGCGAAAAAGGUGACAGAGGAUUCGAUGGUUCAGCAGGUAUAGCCGGUAUUGACGGACAAAUCGGUCCAAAGGGGGAACCAGGUAUUCCGUGCACUCAUGCUCCAGACUACUUAACUGGAACAUUAUUGGUAAAGCACAGUCAGGACACAAUUGUACCUCAAUGCGAAAAUGGACAUAUUAAGUUAUGGGAAGGAUAUUCUCUCCUUUAUGUUGAAGGAAACGAAAAAUCUCAUUCUCAAGAUCUUGGAUUUGCUGGUUCAUGUGUGAGACGAUUCUCGACUAUGCCAUUUGUUUUCUGCGAUGUUAACAAUGUAUGUAAUUAUGCAAGCAGAAAUGACAAAUCAUAUUGGUUGUCGACAAGUGCUGCUAUUCCAAUGAUGCCUGUUGAAGAAAACCAAAUUACAGAGUAUAUAUCCAGAUGCGUUGUCUGCGAGGCUCCUGCUAACGUAAUAGCCGUGCACAGUCAAGCGAUUUCACCUCCGUCUUGCCCAACUGGUUGGAGUUCAUUGUGGACUGGUUACAGUUUCUUGAUGCACACGGCUGCCGGGGCCGAAGGGGGAGGCCAAUCCUUGUCCAGUCCAGGUUCUUGUUUGAAAUCUUUCAGGGCCACGCCGUUCAUCGAAUGUAACGGUGGCCAGGGAACUUGCCAUUACUACUCAAACAAAUUAAGUUUCUGGUUGGCAACAAUAGAAGAAAGCCAGCAAUUCAGCAAACCUACUAAACAAACACUUAAAGCUCGCAACGUGAAAGAUAGAGUGAGCACAUGUCAAGUCUGUAUCAGAGAUACGUAAAACUGCUUUAACAUUAGGAUAUUUUUUUCUUAGGAAAUCACUUCAUUUUUUUAUUGUUUAAAGUGUCAGGUUACUCACACAUUGCAAAUACAUAGGUAGUCUAAACGUGUGAUUGACAUUGCAUUAAUUUAAAACCAGUAAGUGUUCCUUAAGGCAAAGUACUUGUUCAUCCAGUGUGAUAGUGAAAAUAUCAGAUGGAAAAGUACUUGGCGACACGUGGUCAAACUGUAUAGUAAGCUUGUAACUGUUUAAUACUGCCAGUGCCAUGUAACUUUAAAAACAUGUAAAGAUUUUUGUAUAGUACUUAGGAUAAGUCGUUAUAAAUGUAAUAACCGAUGGUAUCUUCACAGUUUAACAAGUCCGCUGUGAUGUUACUUAUCAUAAGCUUAAUCAUAAGUUAUCUUUUAAAGAAAAUAUUUUUGUAAUUAAACAAUUUAUGGUGCUAUAUAUAUUUUAUAAUUUAUGUCUUUUGCUUUAAGUCUGCAGUGAUUCUAUUUACCCACUUUCUUACAUUCCCCUUCUAACUUUUCAAUCACUCUAGUCAAAGCCGUUAUUACAAAAAUACGAUGUACCAUUUACAUUUACCUAUGUUUUAUUCCGUUUUGUCACUGCUGUUUUGUAAUUUUCUAACUCACAAAUUUUGUAUUAAAACACUGCCAAUUGUAAAUUAUAUUACCUUAUUAUAGUGAAA